GGACAGCUGGUCAUUGCAGGGGUCUUCUAUGUUUAGGUGCUACCUCGAGAUUCUCGUGUCUUCGCCCGGCUUCCUUAACAGUACUGACAUAGUUUGAUGUACCGUUUUACCAGUGCCAUGCAUGAACUCCAGAUCGGAUUUAAUUGACGGUUACCAGUUGUCGGGGAACACCAGCUAGAGUACACCAUUUUUGGACGACAGCGCGUCUUGUAAACUGUGGCAUCUUUGGGUUUUUUCGUCUUCUUUCUGUUACCUUCUGCCCACGUUUGUUUCACCUUUGUAUCCUUAGCAACUUGAUGUCCCGCACGGCCCUGAAACCACUCACUUUCUAACGCCAUCCCCAAAACAAAUAUCUGUAGUCGCUUUUCAGUCCUCUAUCGGCCCGCGACGACUUUAAAUACGAUUAACACAUCUGCAACACCCUUUAUCCGUUUCCACGCCCUGGUUGCUAAGUCGCAUUCGCUUGCCCGAAGCAACUCACCAUGGUCCGCCUAUCGACGGUGGCGCUGGCAACGGCCGGUGUGCUAUCCCCUAGCACCUGGUUGGCCGCCGCGAUAACCACCGACGAGAUUCCCAGUGAUUUGCCCGUCUCGCAGCUCCUCACCACAGCGCAGACGCACCUCGCGCGCGGCGAGACCAACGACGCCCUGGUCUACUACGACGCCGCCAUCGCCCGCGACCCCAAGGACUACAUGACGCACUUUAAGCGCGCCACCACCUACCUGAGCGCCGGACGCCUGUCCCACGCCACCGAGGGCUACAACAAGGUCCUCGAGCUCAGGCCCGGCUUCGAGGGCGCUCACUUGCAGCUCGCCAAGAUCAAGCAGCGCUCCGCGGACUGGGACGGCGCACUCAAGGACUACAAGGCCGCGGGCAAGACGGCCGGCCAGUCGCGCGAGGUGGACGAGCUGCUCGAGGCCAUGGGCGCCGCCGAGCUGGCCGAGGCGGCCGCAAAGGAGAAGAACUGGGACGACUGCGUGCAGAACGCCGGCGUGGCCAUCUUGGUGGCCAACCGGCACCUGGCGCUGCGGGAGCUGCGCGCGUCGUGCAGGUUCAACAAGGGCGAGGUAGAGGAGGGCGUCAGCGACCUCCACCACAUCGCCAACUUGAGGCCAGGCGACGUCACGCCGUGGGUCAAGAUGUCGGCCAUCGCCUUUUACGCCCUCGGCGAUACCAAGGACGGCCUGACGCACAUUCGCAAGUGUCUGCACUCUGAUCCGGAGAAUAAGGUGUGCAAGAAGCUGUUGAAGCAGGAGAAGGCCAUCAACAAGGUCCUGGAGAAGGUCGAUAAGGCGUUUAGCAAAAAGCAACCCAUGACGGGCACUAAGAUGUUGAUCCAAAACAAGGAGGACCCUGGUUUGAUCAACGACAUCAAGGAGGAGGUCGAGACUUUGAGGAAAGACGGCAUAAUACCAUCCAAGGCCCCCAACGCCCUCCUCACAAGGGUAGUAGAGCUUGCCUGCCAAGGUUAUUACGAUAUGAACAGCAAAAAGGCGCAGGAGUACUGCGAGGAGGCGAUCAAACUGAACGAGGACUCGGUGUACGGUCUCCUGUACAAGGCCAAGACGCAAGAAGAGGCUGAGGACUACGAGGCCGCCAUCAGGACGCUCGAGAAGGCGUCGGAGCUGGCCCCUGAAAGGCGCGACCUGAUCCAGGAGCUGCUCCAAAAGGCCCGCAUUGAGCUCAAGCGCAGCAAGACCAAGGACUACUACAAGGUGCUGGGCGUGGCGCGCGACGCCGACGAGAGGCAGAUCAAGUCGGCCUACCGCAAGCUGUCCAAGCUGCACCACCCGGACAAGGCCCACAAGAGCGGCCUCACCAAGGAGGAGUCGGAGAAGAAGAUGGCCUCCAUCAACGAGGCGUACGAGGUCCUCAGCAACCCCGAGCUCAGGGCGCGCUUCGACCGCGGCGACGACCCCAACUCUCAGGAGCAGCAAGGGAACCCCUUCCACGGCAACCCGUUCGGCCAGCAGUUCAUGUUCCAGCAAGGGGGCGGCGCCGGCGGCCAGCAGCAGUUCAAGUUCCAGUUUGGUUCGGGCGGUGGCUUCCCUGGCGGUUUCCCUUUUGGCUAAGACCCGUAAGGGACGUCAAAUUAUCUAGCAAUGCCAUUCUUGAACCGAGGCUGUUUUUAUCUCGUCUCAUAUUUGUUUGUUCUUCGCCCCUUUCUGCUGCGGGAGAGGAGAAACUAAGAAACGUAUCAUGCCCGCAUGCACUAUCUGAUUUUUUGGGGAGUUUUGGUGUCUAGUCGAGGUGGUCAAUGAUGAGUAGAACGAACAGUAAUAUAACGAUCAAUAAAUACCCUU